AUGGUCUCUCUUUUCUCUCAAAGGGGGGUGCAGUGGCAAGUUCCUACUGUUGAGGAGUUAAAAGGGUGGAUAUUCAAAGAUGUGAUGAAAGAAAUGAAGGAACGCUUGAAUGAGGUUAGAAGGUCGUGGGCUGAAACUGGUUGCAGCAUCUUGCUGGAUGGAUGGACGGAUGCUAAUGGCCGGACUUUAGUGAAUGUUUUGGUGGAUUGCCCAAAAAGUACUGUGUAUCUUUUCUUGGCUGACAUAACUGACUGUGUUGGGAACAUGGAUGCUAUGCAGAUCUUCUUGGUGAAGGUCCUGGCGGAGGUUGGAAUCCCGAACGUUGUACAGAUCAUCACAUACUCGAGCUCGGACUUCAUGAAGGAGGCUGGUAGGCAGCUCAUGGAGAGAUACCGGCCAGUCUUUUGGACAGUGAGUGCUUCCCACUGCAUUGAGCUUAUGUUGGAGAAAUUGUGCAGGGUGGAUCUCAUCAACAAGACGUUGGAGAAGGCGAAGAUCAUCACAAGAUUUGUCCACAGCCACUCAAUUGCUCUCAAGUAUCUGCAAGACCAGACGAAAGGGAGCGGCCUGAUUGAUACUUCGAUGAUAAGGUCGAUAAGGCCCUUCCUAAUCCUCGAGAAUAUAGAGAAAAAGAAGGAGACUUUGAACACAAUGUUCUCCCCCUCUCAUUCUCAAAGCUCGAUUUUGAUAUCAACCAUGGAGGGGCGAAGAGCGGCUGAGUUGGUGGGGGAUCAUUCAUUCUGGAAUGAGGCCUCAACUAUUCUCAAAGGCACCAUGCCUCUAGUCCGCGUGAUAGAAUGGAUGAACAAGAGUGGCAAGGAUCACAUGGGGCUUAUAUACGAGACAAUUGAUCAGGCCAAGGAAACCAUUAAGGACUGCUUCAAGAAUAAGUCUGCCUACUCGCUGUUCUGGAAGACAAUUGAUUAUGUUUGGAAUGAGUCCCUCUACAGCCCUGUCCACUCCGCUGGCUACUACUUGAACCCGAAUCUUUUAUACUCGAGCAACGGGCUUAUCGACCCUGAAUUGAUCGGAUUACUGCCCAGAUGGAGCAUUACAGUCACAGAGUUGCCAAAGGUGCCAUGGCUGCCGGAGUCCCUGAAGAGCAAAGAUCGAACGUUUCUUCUGUUUCAGCUCAGUAGAAGCUUAGCCGAGACACUUCUCUUCAAGGGAAGGAAUUUAGAUGAGCAGAAGUGGCUGAGGGAUAUGGUUUUCCUAAGGUACACCAUGCAGCUACAGAAUUUUGUACCUGGAAACGUUGUUUCCAACGAGCCUGGACUAGUCGAUGACUGGCUCGCGGAUAGGAACAACGUUCCUUGA